CAAAAUGGCUGCUCACUCAGCAUUCAGGAUUGGACAUCGCUACUUGGUUCAUAUGGGUCUUGUAUCCCCAUUUCAAUCAUCAUUUCUGUGGACUAAAUCUACUCUCCAUUGUAUGUCGGGGUUGCCAUUGGCAGCAUCAUUUACUAGAUCUAGAUCGAUUGCUGCAACCAACAAGACCGCAUCACUAUCAACCAUGUCGAAUAGUGUAUUUGGAUCAAAGCAGAAUCAACUACCAAUAAAAACUACUAUCCAGUCAUCUGUAUUCACCAUGCUGGUCAAUAUAAAACGCACUAGUUAUCAUCCCAAUGGCAUCCAACUCUGUUCUUUCACAUCGAUUUUGGGAUUAAAAUCUUGCCGAUCCAUGUCAUCCAUUGCAUCAAUUCAUGCAUAUUUCCUUCCUAUCAAAGCAGCUAUUCAAAAAAGAGAUUGGCCGGUAUCUUUAUUCCGAUCCAACUUUCGCAACAAUACUCAGAGGGAACUGUCUAAUCAGAAUCGUGAUGUCUUUCAAUGGAUGGAAGAUUGGAAAAAAGUGUUUGCUAUUAUCCUUAUCAUCAACAUUGCUGUAUUGCUUAUGUGGAAUAGUGCGAGAUUCAUGGCUGUGAGCAUGAAUGAUGUAUCAAGUUUGAGAUGGAUGGUGGACCAUUUUACUGUAAGCGCUAAAGGACUUUUUCAAGAACACCGAUUGUGGACUGCUAUGACUUGCUGCUUUAGUCAUUCUGAUCUAUUACAUUUUGGCAUGAACAUGUUUGUACUGUAUUCUUUUAUUCAGCCUGUGGUUUUAUCACUUGGAGUUUCAACAUUUAUUGGAUUGUAUCUUGUAUCGGGUAUUGGAUCCUCUCUUGCAUCGGCACUUCAUAUUGCUUAUCGACAAUCUGUCCGAGAUCAAAAGCGUCGCGAUCAUCCUUAUUCCCAAUGGGCUGCUCCAACACCCAAUUACAACUCAAUGGGAGCUAGUGGGUGUAUUUCCGGACUUCUUUCAUACUUUGUUCUUAGAUAUCCAACAUCACAAAUUCUGUUGUUUUUUGUUCUGCCAAUGCCAGCAUGGGCUAUAGGUGGGGCUGCUGUAGCCUAUGAUAUAUAUAGAACAGCUACCGAUACAGGCGGACAGGUUGAUGGUGCUGGGCAUUUAGGUGGAGCACUUGUUGGCAUUCUGUGGUUUUUAGCAAGAGCUAGAUCAGGACGAGUCAGGUUUUAA